CCAAUCUAACUCUAGAGAGGAGAUUUGUGACAAUCAAAGAAUCGCACUGAACUUAAAGCUGAGCGUAACAACAACAAAUUGGAAGAUCGAAUAAGAGCUUAGCUUACAUUGAAAUCAUGAAACGCCGAGAAAUUCAAUUCAUUUGGGUCACUAAGCUCUCGGCACUCCUGACGCUAUUUGUUAUGGUCAUUUUCUUGACUCACUAUCCUCAAGACAAGAAGGACAGUUCUUUGCCCGUGUAUAUUGAGCCACCCUUGAACGCUCUUCGGGAGCCGAUUUUGAAAAAUCCAGCCACGGCCUUCUUGGGGGAUUCAAGCCAUGAACAGCCAUUUCAUCCGUAUAUAUUGAAUAUGGCAGAAAUGGGUGGGAAUCAGCUUUUGGGCAAUGUAACAACGAGGAUCCAGGGCAUGACUUGUUUCAAUUCGGGGACCGAUUUCCAAAGGAGUUUAUCUACUUGCGUUUGUCUCCAAGGUUUCCACGGUCAUCAUUGCAGUAUUCCAUCAAGCAUCUUCCAAAAUCAUCAAUCUGAGUCCGACCGAUUCCUAUUAAGAACCCAUCCCAAACGGAUCAUCAUGGGAAUGGUCUUGAAUCAUGAACUAGAAAUGUUAGAGGUGCGCAUCCGACAGCUGCAUCAUGUUGUAGAUAUAUUUGUCAUCCAAGAAUCGAAUAUUACAACCGGUGGGGAUGCCAAAAAGUUGGUCAUACUGAAUGCUAUGCGGAGAGGAUUUCUAGAAGAGUUCCAUUGGAAGAUUCUCUACGUUUAUCUUGACCACUUUCCGACAGGAUUCAUUGAGGACGGAUGGAAAGCAGAUGGGUAUCUUCGACAGCAUAUGAGUGCCCAAUCCUUGAGUCGCGUUCAAGGGGACAAUGGUGACGAUCUUUUUCUAAGUUUCGACGCAGACGAGAUUCCAAAUCCAGAGGCGGUGGAUUUCUUACGAUGGCACGACGGUUAUCCAGAGCCGUUUGUCUUCAAUUUGGUAUGGACCCUUUAUGGAUUUUAUUGGAGAAUGCCGUCGUCCUUUGUUACCCAAAAGGCCCUGACAUCGAUUGUUGGUGGAAGUUCCAUUCAAUUUUUGAACAAGUUUGCGGAUCGAGAUGUGUUCAAACUGCGCUCACGAGCUUACGCCCAUCAGACUUUCUACACGCCUCAGCCUCCACUUCAAAUAGGGUCCACGUCCAAUCCUGGGGGAUUCCAUUGCUCUUGGUGCUUCUCGCCCGCCGGGAUCCGGGUCAAGCUUCUGUCGGCACAACGAGCCGAUCGUCCUCGAUGGGGUGACUUCCCGGACAAGACCAGGAUUUCGUACAUUCAUAACUUGGUUCGCACAGGUACUUGGUUCGAUGGGUCACGGACGGCUUUUAAUCACAUUCGUUUUGAGGGACAAAGCAAUUUCGCUCCUCCUUUCAUCAUGGCCAACCAGAAACGAUAUCAGCAUUUGCUUCGCCAUCCCGAUGAGUGGAAUGCUACAGAGCAUUGGCACUCACCAUUUGAUAAAUCGUUCUUAUGAUUGUUUAAUUUGUCGAAUAUGUUUCGCUGCCUGAAAUAAAAAAUGUCUCAAAAAUUUCCGAAGCAGUUUUGCCAGGUGAAGCACGAUCCCAAAAGUAGCCAUUGAGUCAC